GGUCACGUGUGUACACACCGUAGGGCUCCGCAGCACUUCCAGCCGUAGUAAAGUCUGCAGCGGACAGCCCCCUUUUCAGAAACGAGCUUCGUCGAAAAGUUCAGAGAUGAAGUCGGUCUGUACCGAGACGCAGUAAAAGCGCUUCUUUCUUGCUGGGUUUCAGGCGUUUGAGAGCGCGAGGAGAGCCCCCCGGGGGCGUGAAGUUUUAGGAUGCGUGUUUGUUGAAAUGAAACGACCUAGACAUGCCAGUGGAAAUGCUAACGUUACGUGCAGACCCGAUGCCACCGUAGGUUUGUCCAAGAGCCAAAUCCAUACGAUUCUGUCGACCCACUGAGAGACUUGGCCUGUGUCGGAGCCCAGCGAUGUGGCUCUGCAUGGUUUACAAUGAGACGGACACCAGCGUGGACUUCCAGCUCUGCCAGGACUUUGGCCUCAUCCUGUCGGUCUUCUCCCUCAUCUACCUCCUGGUGUGCUUCCCGCUGGGGCUGUGCUACAAUGUGCUGCUGGUCGUGGUCAACCUCUCCAACAAGGUGUCGAUGACCAUGCCGGAUGUUUACUUCGUCAACAUGGCCAUCGCGGGCCUCGUGCUCAACCUGGUGGCCCCCGUGGAGCUGCUGAGCUCCACCUUCACCCGCUGGCACGCGUGGGAGUACAACAACGAGGUGUACAUCACCCUGCUCAUCCUCUUCAACAUCUCCUCUCUGGUCAUCAUGUAUUCCACCACGCUGCUCAGUCUGGACUACUAUAUCGAGCGGGCGCUGCCGCGCACGUACAUGUCCAGUGUGUAUAACACCAAGCACGUGUGUGGGUUCAUCUGGGGUGGCGCGGUGCUCACCAGCUUCUCCUCGCUGCUCUUCUACGUGUGCAACCACAUUUCCACGAAGAUGGUGGAGUGCUCCAAAAUGCAGAACAAGGAGGCAGCGGACGCCAUCAUGAUGUUCAUCGGCUACGUGGUUCCAGCUGUGGCUGUUCUUUACGCCUUCGUGCUCAUUCUGCGCAUUAGGAAGGAGUCUACGCCUCUGGACCAGGACUCGGCUCGCCUGGACCCUUCCAUCCACAGACUGCUGCUCGCCUCGGUCUGUGUACAGUUUGUGCUGUGGACCCCGUACUACAUGACCCUGUUGGUGCACACUGUCGCCGGUGCCCCAGGGUACAUCAGCAACGCACAUUACUUACCGACAUAUUACUUCCUGAGAUGCGUGUCCAAGCUGCUGGCUUUCUCCAGCAGCUUCGCGAUGCCGCUCAUGUAUCGGCAGAUGAACAAGAACUUCUCCAACAAGCUUCAGCGGCUGCUCAGGAGGCUGCACUGCAGAGACCAGUCCUGCUCUCAUGAACGCUCAACAGUGCAGCAAGUGGUGACGUGAGAUCCCCCCCCCACACACACACACACACACACUUUGAGUUACCGAUGCCCCUCCCGCUCCUCCCUUCCCCGCCUCUUGGCGUAGCCGGCACUUAUCUCCCCACUACGGAGCCAGCAUCUGACUGAGCUCCCUCGCUGCUCUGGACUGUGUUAGGAGCGACGUAGCUAACUGUGGAAUUUCCUCUCACCUUUCAGGACUUGAUCUGAUCUAUCCAAGUUCCACAUGGAGAGGACAAACAAAGCAAAAACCACUAAGUGCUGUUAUUUCUUUUGUGACCGAGUGAAGCUUUCCACUACGACAUGUGAGCGUCCAGUAGUUUGCGGCCGGUAGUUUGGCACAAUCAGCUGAUAACGACCCUGCGCUUCACACAGACACUCAAACAUCUUGUUAGCAGGGGACUCUCAAGCACUAUACCAUCGCCGUGUGUGCAGCUCCCCUGAUACGGGUGUGUUGUGGAUACUCAGCUGACAGUGUGCAGGUCUGGCCGACACAUGACCGCCAAAGAUUCACCGUCGAGUCACGAUAUGCUACUCGAUAUGCUUUUAAGCUCCAACGAGAAUGAUUAAUAGAUGAUGCAUGCUGCGCUCUCCUGUCACACAAGCCGAAACCAGCUGGCUACGAACUUUUAAUAGUCAAGUGAAGUUGUGUUGUUUUAAGAAUGAACCCUGCAUUGAUGGAUGGUGGCCAGUGACCACCACAGCUAAUCCUCUUGCAUUGCAUGUGUCAACGUUACGUUUUGCGCCGCCAGUAAACAUCCGCGCUAAAGGCCUUGAUCUCUUGGAACGAGAAGACCAGGGGCUCGAGCGUGAUUCCUCGUCAUCAGAGUAAAUAAUCUUCACAUUUUAAAAAGGCAGAGUACAAUAUGAAUGGUCUCUUCAUUUCAAAGGUUAUUUUCUUUCUCCCAGUUCGACCCUGAAGCUAGACGUGCUGUAGGUACUGGUUCUCACUUCCCUUUUUAUAAAUAGGGUUGUGAGGUUGAGACGGGCAUAAAGAGAUUAUUCUCAUGACGAGUAGCGCACAGUAGAUUAACGUACAUCAUGAAGUCACACCGUACAACGUGAAAUGCUCCUUUUACAGCUCGUGUUCAGGCUUCAGACAUAACCGGUAUACCUCUUGUGAUCUCUGCUGAAAUCACAUCGCCAGCCAUAAGCAGCUCGAAUCAACUCAUUGAUUUGAGCUGAUAGCUCCAGCCCCCCCCCCCCCUAUAUGAGCUCUGCAGUGCUCCACGGGGUCAGUACAGUCCCACAGUGUCACCGAGAGGGCCCUGAGGAGGUGGCGUGCGCAUUCCCUGAAUUGUUUGAGUCGUUGGAAGCUUUCGUCCAGUGGAAAUAUGAGACCUGACUAUCACUAUCAAAACCUUCACAUAUUAUUAACGACUCGCAUGUGGAGCACCUGCAGACGGCCUCAUAUUUAACGCUGCCCAGAUCCAGUGAGCUAAUCUGCUCUUUUUAUGGUAAAGCGGCUUUGCUUUCUUGCCUGCCACUUAGUAACAGACGAGUGGUGAUGAAGCCCGGUUACAAAAUGAAAUGUGUAUAUAUAUCGAAAACUUGCUUUUGCAUGAAUGUCGUUGCAUCCCUGCAUUUGUUUUAUUUGUUUUAUUUGUUUUGCUUUCUGAAUUAGAGGGCCCGUUUUUUUUUAAUCAUCCUGUGAAUAGAAACACCAGCGGGGGAUGGGGCUUUCAUCACACUGUUAUAUUGACAGACAACAAUUAAUGAAGGGCACUUGUGUUUGUGGACACUUUUUUUUUUAAUUUACACUUUUAACUUAACAACAAAGCUAAAAUUCUUGGGCUAUAAAUUGUGCUUGGCUUUCUUUCACUGUAAUAUUGAACUAUUCGAUGUGUAACAACCAAGAUGUGAUGCUUUAGAUACAUAUGUGAAGUUAUUAAGAUUAUGACAUAUCACAUAUGCUGUUAUUUUCUUAAACAUCUUGUGAUGUCUGAAACGCUGUUCUUCAACAUUUACAUUUUUUGCUGCAUAGCCCCGCCCUCGUGUGUAUCUGCAUUCAAUCAGUUAGAAGUACUGUUUAUUUUCAACUGAGUCUGUGUGUUUACAUUAUGUGCUGCCCCCUUUUUAAAAAAAAUUUUUUUUAAAAGAAACCCUCAAAAACACAUGUCCAUAUCGUGACAGUUAAUCAUUAUUUGAACCCAGUUCAAAGUCCCGAAGCGUACGAUUCAUUUGGGGUUGGAAGGCAAACAGUAGUGCACACGUCAAGUGACGCGUGGUUCGAAUCCAAGCUCGACAGUCUGAAGGACAUUGAAGCAGCUUUUGUGAAGACGGUGUCCAUUUUAUUUAACGUUAGAGAUUGCAGUUACCAAAACACUUGUAUUUAAUCAACAAUGACACUUGAUUUAUUUGCGAGUAUAAUUGAGAGUUUCGCAGAUUUCUCAUUCUUUGACACUUUGAACGUGUGGUCAAUCUGGAAAGAACUGAUAUUUAAUGUACUUCCUUUCAUUUUGUGAAGAGGCCUCUGACUAGAAGGCACUCAACAAAACUCCAAACUUCUUUUAAUGUGAUCAUUAAAUCAUUUUUCUUUAA